CUGGUACUUUUUGCACAAUGUAAAAAUCAUAUCGCUCUCUAUGGAAGAAUUUAGUGACAGUUAACAGUUGAAGAAAACAAAAACAAACGACGAUGGUUUGCGAAAAAUGUGAGAAGAAACUUGGAAAAGUAAUAACACCAGACCCAUGGAAAACAGGAGCCAGAAAUAUAACUGAAGGUGGAGGAAGAAAGAUUGGUGAAAACAAAGCUCUAACAGCUAAGAAAAAUAGAUUUGCUCCAUAUGAAGGAUUUGCAAAGUGUAAAAUAUGUAGAUCUUCAGUUCAUCAGAAAGGAUCUCAUUAUUGCCAAGGAUGUGCCUACAAAAAAGGUAUUUGUGCAAUGUGUGGGAAAAAGAUAAUAGAGACAAAGAACUACAGACAGACAUCAGUAUGAUUGGUGAUAAUUACAAUGUUUGGUGAUAAUUACAAUGUGUGGUGACAAUUACAAUGUGUGGUGAUGAUUACAAAUUGUAUUUAGAUCUAUGACAUUUUUAUUUGAGCUUGAAAGCACAAAGAAACAACAAAUAUUUGUACCACAUAUGUGUAAAUUAUUGUUAAAAAAUGAUGUGGUUUGGAUUAAAGUCAUCUUGGUUUAACAUCAGGGACCUUUUUCAAUGACAUUCUUUAAAGGCCAUCAAUAAUUUGGACAUUAAGAUUACUCAAAGGAUGAAAAAGAGACAAAUUCAGUUCAAUAUUCUGAAUUAAAUGAAAUUUUUACUAUAAAAAGCUUCAAUCACCUGUUAUUUUUUAGAGAGUUUACCGGUAACUAUAGAAAGUUUUAUUUCAUGGAAAGGGUUCAAAAAUCCAGCUUCAAAUGUAUGUUUAUAUUUUUUUUAUGUGAGAUUUCAUGGCACCAUUGAAAUAAUUACAAAUUGUAUUUUAAAUGAUAAUUUAUACAUGUUGUUUAACUUUGUGGAAAAGAUGAAAAAGAUAUUUAUUUUCAUUAUCAUGUACUUAUUUAAAGGAAAAGAUAUUGUUUACAAUUCUUUGUAUAUGUUAAUAAAAUUUUAUGUAUGAACAUGAAAGAGUGUAUUUGCAUAAUUUACAUUUAAUAAGUUGUUUGUCAUUGAUGGUCAGUAUGAUUGUUUAUCAAAGUAGAUAGGCAUGUAUAUUUAUAACGAUAUACAUUAAAAUUUAAAACUUCCAAUUGAAAUAUAAGUCUUUGUAUUUUAUUUCAAGAUAUUAGGGGUUCUGAAUUUUAUUACAAGGGAAGAAAUUCUUUGACAUUCAUAUUUUAAGGAGACUUCUCAGACUAAUCACGCUAAAAAAAAAAAAAAAAAGAAACUGGGGGUACUGACAAUGUUCUUCCUUUCUUGAUGUUUAAAAAAAUAGUGUAAAAACUUGUAGAUUUGUAUUAACAUUCAGUUUAAUUAUUUUUAUGGAAACUGGAAAAGCCAUUUUCCCUGUGCAGAAAUAUAACAGAUUUUGUUUAUUUAUCAUUUAUAAUUUAAACUUUUGUGUAUUGCUAUAUCAUGUCUUCGAGAUUUGAUAGGAAAAUGUAAGCUUUUGUAUUUUCAAGAAUUUGUUAAUUCUUAUUCUUUUUUUAUUAUUUGUAAAUAAAAAAAAAAUAUGUGAUAGUGACUAAUUAAUAAAUUAAAAUAUCCACAGUAGUUGCUACUUGCUCAGUUAAAUAAUAGUAUCAACUAUCAACCUUCAUUAUAAAAUUCAAAAUGUGUUAAAAAGGGUUUGAAAUUUACAGUUGUAUACAUAAUUCAUAAAAAAAUAAAAGGAAGGUAUCAAGAUUUGUGUGUACAUUUUAUUUUUGAACAUAUUAAGAUAUCAUUUGGAAUUUCUUUUUUAAAAUAUUAAAUAUUAUGCUGUUAUUAAAUACAUAUAUGUUGACUAUGAAUUUUAUAAUAAAAUAUUUAGCUAAU